AUGGCUGCUUCAACGGCCCCCCGGCCAGCAAGCCCGCAAGACGACAAUGAACCCUCCUACAUCGACUACGAGACAUUCCUGUCUCCUGAUUUCUCCGCCACUGCUUUUGCAAACUCCCUUGUUCUCGCCACGAAUAAUCCCCAGGACUCGCCCCUAGAUCUGUCCACGCCCCUGUCUCGUGUUCUUUUUGAUGCGCAAGAGAUUGAUUCGCACAUUGACGUCCUUACCACUCGAUCGGCCAUCCCCCUCUUUCAACACACAGCCUCGCAAACCAAAUCCAGCAAAAGAAUAGUCAACGAGCUUGAUACCCAGAUAAGCAGCCUCAAUGGCAGCUACAAACAGCUCGAAAAGGAAGUCAUCGAGAAGCAUGCGGAGGCAGAGGAGGUCCGAGAAGUUGCGUCGCGGUUGUUGGAGACACUUGCCCUUGGCCAAUCUGUUGCCAGAUGUCUCCAGCUAGGCAAAACGCUGGAAUUCCAAACCGCAGAGCUUGGAAGCUCUGGCUUCGAUGAGGAUCACACCGCGCUGACACGCUGUUCUUAUACCUUAUUAUCCCUUCGCGAGAUUCUGGAUAGUAAGGCGCCCGGAGAGGAAGGCCACGACCUUCACAAAGUUGACGCGAUUCGCAGCCUCCAGGAUUUUGUGAUAACGCCCGUCGAGAGAUCCGUUCGGGAAACAGCUGAGCGCUAUGUCCGCGAGUUUCAUGUGCCUGGAAACAUGACCUUUUCUCAAAGCGAGCAAGCCAGAGCAAGGCUCACAUCCUCUUUCACGGCCCUAUAUCUGCUAUCACCCACGAUGGGAGUGAAGGCAGAGAAAUGGACUCCUCGGCUGCUAGUACAAGUCCUCGAUACGUAUAUAAGAUCGUCCUUACAGACAAGCAUUCCUACGUUGGCUCGCUCCCUUGGGCAGCUUCCUAGCCUCGACAAAGCUCUUGCCGAAGUCACGACCAAGUGCCAAACAAUUGUGGCCUUGGAGCUUAUCCUAGAUGGAAUUAAGCCACCAGAGCAUCCAUUGCUCGCCCUUUCGCCCCAUUCCCAUUUGCCGAAUUUACUCCAACCUCUGCUAAGCCAACUUGAGACCGGCUCGUUAGCAUCAUACUUUUGGCGAACCAUGGCGGGUAGCGUAUCUACGCGUGUGCAAGAUAUUAUCAACCGUGGAGGUGUUGUUGCAAGGUCACUCAAGGCAAAUAGGAACCUCGUUGGCGAUGCGAUUAGACAAGCCGUGGGUAGGGGCUCUCAACUUCCCGGAUCGUUCGUUGGACCUAAAACCAAGGCCAAACCCGACGCGAACUGGGAUAGGGAAAUCGCUGUCAUGGUUGGUAGUGUAGUCAACAACCUUGGUAGAUGA